CUUUGUUCGCCUUCAGUGCUUUUCAGUGCUUUUCCUUCAGUCUUUGAUUGCAUUCAACAUCUUUGUUCCAGAAAAUAGUAUCACAGUAUGGCUGAGCGCUCGCCACACCACCGACGCCGCCGACGCGGUAACGAAGGUCCAUUCAAGCCAGCUGCCGCGACUCCCGACGCGACUGCCCAUCAUCAUCACCAUCAGUAUCACCAGUAUCAUCAUGGCCGUCGCUGUGGCUGGGCUGCCCGCGCCAGGCCGUCGAUGAUGCAGCGAGUCGACUCUAUUUCCGCUGCCAUGGUGCUGCUGUUGCUGCUCUUUGCUGCAGCCGCAUUGCCGCGUCCUGCGCUCGCUGUUACCUGCGGAUCAACCACGCUCGCAUCGAGCCUCGAUGUUGCGAGAUUUGUGACGGCCUGCACCGCCAUCUCGGGCUCUCUCACCAUUUCUGGCAGCGACAUCAUCUCACUGCAGACGCCUGGGUUGCAAAGCCUCGUCAACGUCACUGGCGGCGUGACCAUCACCUCAAACACCGCGCUUGGCUCCCUCGCUGGUCUCGAGGCGCUCACCAACAUCGGAGGAUCCCUCUCCAUCACUUCCAAUCCGGCUCUGGGCAAUCUCGCCGGUCUUGCGGGAGUGCGGCAGAUUGGUGGGUCUUUUGAGGUCUCGCUCAACUCGGCCCUCACCAGCUUUUCGGGACUGUCGCAAUUGCGCACGGUCGCCGGGUCUUUGACGGUGUCGAGCAAUCCAAAGCUGCGCCAACUCAACUCCACCCGCUCUCUCACCCUCGUGAAUGGGGACUUGACGUUGCUGUCCAAUCCACUGCUUGCAUCCAUCGAGUUUCCCAGCCUUGUCAGCAUUGGCGCGAAUGCAAGCGUCAUUGCUUGCAAUCCGACGAGCUUGCAGGGAUUGUGUGCCCUCAAGUCUGUCGGCUCCAACCUUGCAGUGCGCUACAACCCCGUUCUCGCUGACAUUGACGGCCUGUCCAAACUGCGCACGGUCGGCGGUGGCAUGACAAUCGAGCAGAAUGCGGUUUUGGCAAACGUCGACGGCUUGCUCGGCCUCUCCUCCCGCGGAGUUGGUGGACUUGUCAUCAUCCAAGAUAACGCAGCGCUCUGCUUCACUGGGGUGGUGAACUGGACCAGCGUCGCAACAACGCUUCCCGUCAUUUGGCGGAAUCGGACGCCGUGUCCAGCAAGUCGUGCCGCGCCAUUGUCUGUUCCUGGACCAACCUACUCUGACGUGCGUGCCACGUCUGUGCUCGUCUCAUGGGAGCCAGCAAGCAACGUGAAUGGGAUUGUCACCGCCUACCGUCUGUUCGUUGGAUCGGUUGCAAGCAUGGACUUUUUUGCUUUCAACUCGUCCGUGCUUCCCGGCACCCAGUCCUUUUGCGCAAACUCGCGCGUUUCGUACAAUCUCACAAACUUGUCGCCCUACAAGACGUACUCAAUGUACACCAUUGCCUCCAAUCUUGCCGGGAGCACCUCGAGCGCGAUCACCACGAUUCGCACCGCAGAAGCUGCUCCACAAAAUGUCAGCGCUCCGGUUCUGAUUCCAAUCUCGUCGCGGCAGAUUGACAUUCAGUUUAAAGAUCCAGCCGUGCCGAAUGGCGUUGUCAGCGGCUUUGUUAUUCGGCGUAACGGAGCCGAGAUAUUCAAUUCUGCUCCGCCAGUCCCGACAGGCAGUCCACCGCGUUACACCUUUAGCGACCGAAUGCUUGAGCCCUAUACAAGCUACACCUACGUCGUCUACGCAAAGACCAGCGCGGGGUCAACCGCAAGUCCCAAUGCUACCGUUCGCACUCUGGAAGACGUUCCUGCAAGCAUCAACCCGCCCGUUCUCCAGCCUUACAACAGGACAAGUUUGAAUAUUACGUGGAGCGCACCCGAUCUGCCAAACGGACUGCUGGUGCGCUACACUCUGGAUUUGUACGUGGGAUCGUCAGGCGCGAGCGCGACGAUUUACAGCGGCACUCGUCGCUGGUUUAUCGCCAACGGGCUUUCCACCGAGAUCACGUAUCUCGCGCGUGUCACCUUCUGGAACAGCGCCGGCUCAGUGACGAGUGCUCCAGGGGCUGGCUCACCUGCUGCUCGAUCCAAUGACAGCGUGCUAUUGCGACCAACAACGUUGUGGCUGCUCGCCCCGCUUUUGUGUUUCAGUGUCUUACUUGCUGGCUGUUGAUACUCUCUCAAGUCCGUCCAUUCGGGCUGGAGCUAUUAUUGUUAGAUCACGUUCAAAGGGUGGUGUGAUGUUCCCUGUUAUGUAUUGUCACACACAAGUUUCAAAAUAAAUGUUCAAUCGAUGUAG